CGGAAAGGCAGCAGGAAGGCGAACAGAAGAUGUUUGUAGGGAAAAGGGGUGGAGAGCAGGGAGGACGGCCGGGCAGAGGGCUCGCUUUGGUUAUAAAGAGGUAGGGAGGAAAGCGAGGCAGCAGUCGAGCCCGCAGCUCCGGCGGGAUGGCUGCGGGGAAGGCGGAGGCACCGCACUCCUCCCUCGGGCUCCUGGGCAUUUCCGCAGGAUCCCUCCUCCUGGCAGUGCAUUUCUACAGCUUGCCCAGAGCCACCCCUCUGAUCCCCAGCACAGCUCUCGGGGCCCUUCUCUUGAUUUUAUCCUCUCUUUUGGCAUAUGCAGGAAUCUGGAGAAGCCUAAGAAAUGCCUCCCUCUUCUUGUCUCUCUGCCUGACCACCUCCAUCUUCUGGUGUGGCUACGGAGUGAUCUUCAUCCUGGGAGGGCAGAAAGUUCUGCACAACGUUGGUGAUUUCCACAAUGCCCUGGUGCCUGGGCUGGUCACGUUCAGCCUGGCACUCCUGCUCCUUGCAGUGGUGGGCUUCCUCUGCAGAGACCUCAUCCUGGCUCUAGUUGCUUCUGCCCUCUCACUUGCCAGUGCUCACGAGGUUGCCCUGCAUUACAGCACAGCUGUUGGUUCCUCUGCUGUGGCUUGCAACUAUCUGAUUGUCUGCUUGGUUGGGGGUUAUUUCAGCCUGGGGAGGAUCCUCUAUUUCCUAAGCAAAGAGAAAAUCACCCUGCCUGGCACAGAUCUGGCCAAGGAAAAGACCCGUGACCAGCUCCAAGCCAGCAGUGGCAGUGUGAACCACUUUGCAGUCACGGGGCUGAUCCUGAACAUGCUCUCUGCCAGUGUCUUUGGCUGCAGGCUGCUGGGAGUCACUGCCCAGCUCCUCAUGGGCCAGGUGCCCUGGCUCUGGGCAGCUGGCAUCUACCAGCUUGGCAUCUGCCUCUUGUCCUACCGUGCCAUGGAUGUGUUGAUGGCCACCUUCUUUGGUCUCACGUCCAUCCUGAAGCUGGCUGGAGGCUAUUGCCUUCUGUACCCCCUCUGGCAGCCAGAGGAGCCCUCUUUCCCUGCUCCCUUCCUGGUGGUUUUCUCCAUUCUUUUUGGGGUCUUGGCUCUUUUUCUCACUCUGAAGAGCCCGGUGGAUGCCCUCUACUUGCUGCUUUACGUGGCCUACUGCAUUGCCUUAGCUUGUCACCCCAAGGGUUUUUUUGCGGGCGGUCCCCAAGGCGUGGACGUGGCCAUCUUCGUGGCCUCAGCCUUGAUGACUCUGCUUCACCUGUACAACGGGAAGGCAGGGGCCAAGAUCCCAACAGGGAAGGAUGCUGUGAGGGCCCUGCUGGCUCGCGGCCGUUUCCCCAAGCUCCGGGAAGGAGCAGCCCUGCACGCUCCCUACCUCGGCUACUCCAAGUAUGCAGAUGCAGAAGUGCUUGGCUAUGCCUGCAGUGUCUUGGCCUCUUUUGCCAUAACAAUGCCAGGGGACCCCCAGGCUCCCCUCGCUACCGUCGUAAUCCCAUGGGUGGUGGUAGCUGGUGGGAUCCUGAAGCUGCUGAGCGGCUCGGUGGCCUUUGCCCGGGGUAAAACCUUGGAGAGCUGUGCCUUCAUCCUCUAUGCUGUCAUGUGGGUCAUCUGGGGCUUGACAAGAUAUGGUGGCCUCCACAGCACCACCAGAAGCUUCCACGCUGCAGUAGGCAUCGUUGCCUUCAUGCUCUUCAACAGCUUCAUUGUCUUCUGCACGCUCUUCUUGAACAUCUCCUGGUUCUUUUACUCCCUCACUUUCUUUCUCAUCACCAUCAGCUUCUUGCUGGAUGCCAUCCGUGCCCUUCCAGCUGGCUAUGACAUUGCUGCGACUCUCAUCUUUGGUCUGGUCAGCUUUUACUGCUUCCUCUCUGCCCUCUUCAACAGCAUCUUUGAGGGCUCCUGCUUGCCAGUGGGCAGAGCCAUCGUGCAGCUCAGUGGUGUGGGGGGAGCAGUGGCCAAGUGCCCUCACCUGCCUGCCAGGAAAGCUUCUUCAGUCAGGAGAAUUGCAGAUAUCCUGAAGAAUGGAGGGACCUGUGGCAUCCCCACAGACACUGUCUAUGUGCUGGUGGCAGCCUGUAAUCGGCCUGAUGGUGUGGAGAAAGCUCACCAGUCCAAGCGCCAGGCUCAGGAUCGCCCCAUGUCACUCUGGAUUUCCAGCCUAAAGCAACUGGAGCCUGCAAAGCAUUUGUUCACUCCCCUCCUCUGGGACUUCAUGGAGGCUGCCUGGCCAUCUCCCAUUAGCCUGGUGGUUCCCCGGGGGGAAUGGGUGGACAUCCUGGGCAUGAAGGACUCUGCUAAGUACGUGGGGACCCCUCAGAGCAUCGCCAUCCGCAUCCCCGACUGCUCUGUCACCACACACCUCAUCGACCUGGUUGGCCCCAUUGCAGUCACCUCAGCCAACCCAACAGGAGAGGCAGACACCACCCACCACAACCAAGUGUAUGCCAAGCUGGGAGAUAAGGUGGAUGCAGUUCUUUGUGAUGGGCCCUCCCCAGAGAACAUUGCCUCCACUGUGGUGGACUGCACCAAAAUCGACAGUGGAAACAUAGGGUUCUUCAGAGUUGGGAUCAUCCCCAAGUCCCAGGUGCUGCAGAUACUGGAGCAGGUGCAGAAGAAACACAGCUUGGGUGCUAACAGAGGCAGCUGCACCCCAAAAGGCCAUGAAGAACAUGUGAAUUGUGGGCACACUGUGCACAACGGGGUGGGCACGGCUGCCUUGGAGGAGACCACGCUGUCCCCUGAGGAUGGCACCCGCCUCUGAGCCCACCACUGACCUGCUCACCAGGAAAGGUGUUGCCUGCAAAGUGACUUCUAGAGCAAGCUGGGGAAUGGGAGAGGUCUCCCAGCUCCAGAGGUGACUUCACUCAUCUUUCCAUGGAUCCUGCUAAAAUAUCAGAGCUGACUUCCAAACCGGGGUCACCCAGAAGUAAAAUUUUCACGUAGGGACAGUGGCAGCUUUCACUGGAGAGCAGACACGGGCAAAGGAGGUGUCACAGGGGUGACAGGCUG